CGAGGAGCCACAGCUCUGGAGAACUUCUGCCCUACUUGCGGAUUAUCUCUGACAGCCUACCAGAUGUGGAGACAUCAGUGCGCGCCCGCUCAGCAUCCACACACGCACAUCCACCAUGCCAUUUUUUGCGCUCAAUGAUAUCUCUCUCGCAAACCUAAGAAAUGGAAAAGCGUUAAUUUCUGCGAUGAACGGAUAUCUGCUUCUCCAUUUUUUUGCAAGUUAAACCCAGAUGAAAGGGAGAAAAUGAGGAAGACGGGAGACAGUUUUUAUUAUUCCGGCUGGCUGUGCCAUUCUGAACAGAUGGCGCGGAUACGGCGGAGUUUAUGGAGAAAGAGGGUCCUUUGAAUGGCAAGACAUCAGUGAGAGUGAGAAAUAAAAGUUAUGGAGCUCCCUGGUCAGGUCGAGCCCACGCAGCCCGCCAACACCACCAACGACAGUUUCAUCUCAGACCCAUCCUCCGAGGAUGAGAGCGCAGACAUCAGCCUCGCCUACCAGCUCACCCUGGCCGCCAUCCUCUCCGCGAUCACGCUCGCCACCACCUUAUCCAACGCGUUUGUCAUCGCCACCAUCUCCCAGUCGAAAAAGCUGCAGACUCCUGCCAACUUUCUGAUCGCCUCCCUGGCCGUGACCGACCUGCUGGUGUCCAUCCUGGUGAUGCCCGUGUGCGUCCUGUACACGGUGAUCCGCACCUGGACGCUGGGCCAGGUGGUGUGCGACAUCUGGCUGUCCUCGGACAUCACGUGCUGCACGGCGUCCAUCCUGCACCUGUGCGUGAUCGCCCUGGACCGGUACUGGGCCAUCACGGACGCGGUGGACUACUCCAAGAAGCGCACGCCGGGGCGCGCCGCGGGCAUGGUGUGCACGGCGUGGAUCAUCGCCGUCUCCAUCUCCCUGCCGCCUCUCUUCUGGAGGCGGGUGAAGGCGGAGGAGAUGACCAGCUGCAGCGUCAACACGGAUCACAUCUUUUACACAGUCUACUCCACGCUGGGGGCUUUCUACAUCCCCACCUUGCUGCUCAUCGCGCUGUAUGGAAGGAUUUAUGUUGAGGCUCGGAAGCGCAUCCUGAAACAGUCCCCCAAGAAGAAGGUCGGGAAGAGACUCACCUCCGCGCACCUGGUCACCAGCUCCCCCGGAUCCCUCACGUCCACCACCUCUUCCCUGCAGAGACACGGGGACACCCCGUCCAGCGACACGGGCUCCUCCACCAGCGAGAACCAGGUGAAGGUCGUGGUGUCGGAUGCGCUUUUGGAGAAAAAGAGGAUCUCCGCAGCCAGGGAGAGGAAAGCCACGAAGACUUUGGGGAUCAUCCUGGGCGCUUACAUCGUUUGUUGGCUUCCUUUUUUUAUUUAUACAUUGCUGGUGGCCACUUGUGACACGUGCUUUAACCAAGAGUUGUUUGACUUUUUCACCUGGUUGGGAUAUCUGAAUUCUCUCAUCAACCCCAUCAUAUACACCAUGUCUAAUGAAGACUUCAAGAAGGCUUUUCAAAAACUCGUGCGCUUCAGAUGCUGCAGGUCGUGAACUGUUCCCCCCAUGUCAGAAAGAUGUAUGUUUAUUUUUGGAUAUAAAAAACUAUGAAAAUGAAAAGAAAAUAAAUACCCCGGGACUAUUAAUAUGUGCAUGCAGG